GUUAAUGUAACUCAACUAUGGACAUGGGUAGCCAUCUCCUCCUCACCGUUGUUGUUAGCCUCCAUGCAUUUAUGCACACUGCCAGCAGCGACGAAUUCAUCUUCAACGGCUUCUCCGAGGAAAAUCUGAAGCUGAGUGGCCAAGCUUCUAUGGUAGGCCGUGCUAUAAGGCUCAUCGGUGGCGUCACCCUGACAGAAGGGGAUGCUUUCUACAGCAGGCCCCUCGAUUUCAGUAGUAACUCCGGUGGUGGUGGAGCCUCCUUCUCAACAACUUUCGUGUUCGCCAUCAACUCUGACACCACCGAAGCUCCUGGCAUAGCCUUCGUGCUCUCUUCCACCAUGGAGCUGCAACAUCUGCACAACAACUCAUUGGUUCAGGGCCAGCUGGGUUUCGCUGAUGUAGGAGGUAACAGCCCUAACUCACGUGAGCAAUUCUUAUUUAUAGUCGAGCUCAACUACAUCUACAAUGGCCGUGUGGUGAUCGAUGUCAAAAACUUAGUCUCCGUUAACCAUACCACCAGCUCAUAUAGGGCCAACAGCAUAUUCGAAAGCAUCAAACUUAGCAGUGCCAACCCAAUGCAAGUGUGGAUACACUACAAUGGCACAGAGCAAAAGCUAAAUGUAACCUUAGAAGAACUUGGUGAUCAGGUAGAACAGUCUAAAUCGCUGAGCCUGCCACAGUUACCGUCCACUGUCAAUCUCUCACAUUUGUUGUCAAACUCUGAGCAUGUAUAUGCUGGGUUCUCUGCUGCAAAUGGACAAACAAAUUGCAGCCAAUAUGUUAUUGGAUGGAGUUUUAUGAGAAAUGGACAAGCUCAACCACUAAACACCUUUGAUCUCUAUCGAGUCCUGUCAAAUCCUCCUGAAGAAGAGCAUCAUGGAAAAUACAUCCUACCCAUGGGUACUCUGCUAACAACAGUCAUUUUGGUUCCCAUUGUCUUGGUUCUUUUUGUGGUUAUUUUUUCCUACAAUGUCAAGUCAUGGUUGAAGAAAACCCUUGCACACGAAAAAUGGAAAAUUGACUGUGGGGUGUUGCAAUCUUUCACGUACAAAGAUCUAUUUAUUGCCACCAGCAGGUUCAACAAAAAGGCGCUCCUAGGAAAAGGAGGAUUUGGGAAGGUCUACAAGGGUGUGCUGGGUGUCCCUAAGGAGACUAUUGCAAUCAAGAGGGUGUCUCCAGAAUCAAAGCAGGGGAUGAAAGAAUUCAUGGCUGAAAUCGCCAUUCUUGGUCACCUGCGCCACCGUAACCUUGUCCAGCUGAUUGGCUACUGCCGCCAUAGGCAGGAGCUUCUUUUUGUCUAUGACUAUAUGCCCAAUGGAUGCCUUGAUACGUAUUUGCAUAAAAAGGAUAAGCCAACUCUGGGCUGGGAUCAAAGGCUUCACAUCAUUAAAGGGGUUACAGCUGGCCUUGUGUACUUGCAUGAGGACUGGGAGCAGGUUGUUAUCCAUCGAGAUAUUAAGGUUAGCAACGUGCUCCUUGAUGAUGGAAUGAAUGGAAGACUAGGUGAUUUCGGCCUUGCAAGGUUGCACGGACAUGAAGCCGACGCCCAUACCACGCGUGUGGCCGGCACCUGGGGUUACAUUGCUCCUGAGCUGGCUAGGUUCGGGAAGGCAACCAAGGCAACAGAUGUGUAUGCAUUUGGCAUAUUCCUGAUGGAAGUUGCAUGUGGAAGACGGCCAAUUGAGGCGAAUGCCCAUGGUGAACCUCUGGUGCUAGCAGACUGGGUGCUCAACACAUGGCAAACUGGUUCACUCAUUGAUGCCAUGGACACAAGGUUAGAACAAGACCAUGUCACUGAAGAGGUAGAGUUGGUGCUAAAACUUGGACUUCUAUGCUCACACUCGCUCCCCAAGGAAAGGCCAUGUAUGCGACUCGUAAUGCAGUACCUGGAAAGCAAUGCAACGCUCCCAAAUUUCCCACCAAGUUUUUUCACUGCUAAUUCAAGCAAGGAUGAAGGAUUUGAAGACCAGGUUGUGCCCCCUCCCUCGGUGGCAACAUCUAUCACAGGACUUUCUGGAGGAAGAUGAAAGAGGUGGUGCCCGGUGAGAAUGGUGAUCAGAAUUCAGUGUCUCUCCAUCAAACUUCGUGCCACAACAAGAUUUUCAUGGCAAAGGAGGAUGCCAUUUAUGAGACUCAAUAUCACCACUCAGUAGAAUGUACUUCUACAAUGAGCUUCAAUGUAUGGAGUAAUAAUUAGAGACAAUAUGUACCAUAAAUCCAUAUCUAGAGCAAGCUUGUGAUGCUCUCUAAGAGGAAGAUGUUCUAUGUAUGUUAUUUAGUUAUGCAUGCUUCUUCGCUUUCACUAUAUUGUGUAUCAAAAUGCCGCAAGCUCUUAUGUUGAAUCAUAAACAGAGCUGCUACAGGACAAAUUCCAAAAGGGUAAGUGUGGGUGACUGGUGGGUGAGGGCGUGGUGAUUUGCAGCCAUCCGUUGUAGCCGCGUUCGCAAAUGACAUAAUUUGGAGUUAACCAGCCCCUUCUGUUUUACUGAUUGCUUCAGAAACUAGUACACUCUAGUCCUAAUCAUAUGGGACGACUCAACAUGAUCCAGAAGACGGAUCAUAAACUUCCUCACUAGAAACAACUCUGUCAGAACUUAAUUUUAAGAAGUAAAUCAUCUACUUAGAUAAAGAUGACUAAAAGGAUAAGGAGUGUUGUACCUGUGGCGCUGAGUUGCUAUGUUCAGAACUUCGUCAGAUAUAGGAGCCGCAGUAUUCUGAAAGUUUCUGGCUGCAGCUAUGUGUUGCUGAACUGUAAUAAGGUUGCUGUAUGUUUUGAAUUUCAGACCAAGCCCGUGGGGGGCUGCACCCUGUGUUAUCAAUUUCCUGUUAAAUGAAACUGGGACAUAACAAGCUACCAUAACAUCCUCUGGUUUUGUCUGUGGUGCGGAGUCGCUAUGUUCAGAAUCUUGUCAGUUGUAGGAGCUGCAGUGUUUGGAUAAGUUUCCGGCUGCAGCUGCGUGUUGCUGUGUAAUAAGGUUGCUAUAUGUUUUCAAUUUCAGACUGAAUCCGUGGAAAUUGGGAGCUCUGCUCCUUAAUUCGUAAAAAGGGAGUCUUGUCCCUAAGCCUCUGAUGUUGUCGUCCCCUCCAUGACUUGGGCCAGUGCUGGUAGUGGUAGCCCCAGAUGACGUCAGUUUUGUACGCGACUAACAAAAUUCAGAUAUAAGUUAACAGUAAAGACAAGUAAGGAGUAACAUAUGCAUGCCAUAAAUUCUACAAGGCAAUAUAUAAAAAGUACAAACAAAUGUAUUGAGAAAAGGUUAAGA